CCUCGUGCGCAAAAUAAUGACGGCAAUCGCAGAAAAUGUGGAAAAUACCACGUAUUUGGACGAAUUAUGCAGAAUUUGUGCAGUGAAGUGUAGUAUUCUCGAUGUUUCUGUGUAUUCUGACGUGGGACAGCUGAAGGAACUGCAGAGAAAACUGGAUUCUUGUCUUCCUAUUUCGGUGAGAGAGCACGAUCCAUUCCCUAAGAGACUCUGCGAGAGCUGCUGUUAUCAGCUGGAGGCGUUCUAUGACUUCCGACGAAGAAGUCUCGAGUCUGAGAAUUACUUCAACAAUCUCCUGAAGAAAUCAGCUGCAGUGACUCCCGGAUACUCCAGUGAUUCCUUCGCCCACAUUGACUUUGAGGGGCUUCAAGAGUCAGAGGAGAAGGAGCGCAAAGAGAACUUCCAAUACAUUCUCGAGAGUGAUGACAUUCUCAUAAAAGUUGAGGGAAAUGGCUCACAGUUCAUAGACAACCUUUCUGGGAAUGAAAUUAUCAAUUUUGACCAAACAAUGCUGUCUGACUCGAAUAUUUUCAAUCUGAAAAUGGACCAGAAGGAAGAUGGAGCGUUGACCAUGAAUUCCGAGUCUUUGCCAUCAGAUCUUAAUUUUGAGGAUCAACUCUCGGAUAUGGAAGAUGGUAUUGGGAUGGAUAUGGAGAAUCAUCAAGACAUUGAUGGGUCAGAGUCUGAAGAAUCUCCGAGGACUGAAGAUAUUAUCAAGACUGUUGAACCCGAAGUGGAAAACUCACCGAAAGAGAGCCAGAAGAAGAAAUCCAAAGCUUGCAGUGUUUGCCAGAAGACUUUUCAGAACAAUUUCAAACUGUCAGAGCACAUUCUGAGGCACAGCGAUCCGAAGCCCUACAAGUGCUCCUUCGAGGGCUGUUCCAAGGGGUUUCAGUCAAAAAUCGGACGAGCCCAGCACGAAGCGACACACAAGGGAGUCUUCUUGCUCACGUGUGACAAAUGCGGGAAGGGAUUCCAGUGCCAGAGCUAUCUUACAGUCCAUCAGAGAGUUCACUCGGACUUCAAGCCGUUCGCCUGCGCUACUUGCGGGAUGCGCUUCAAGGCGAAAGCAACGUUGGUGAACCACGAGAAUCGUCACAUGGGCAUCCAGCCGUUCAAGUGCAGUAUUUGCCAGAAGGGAUUUGUCACAAAGGCUCUGUGCCAGGCGCAUGAAAACACCCACACUUCUGAGGGGAAUCAGAAGUAUCCUUGCACCGUGUGUAGGAAAAUGUUCGUUUGCAAAUCCUAUCUCAAAGUACACAUGAGAAUUCACACGAAUGAUCGACCGUUCGAGUGUGAAGUGUGUGGGAAGAAAUUCCUCACGAAUAUCGACCUGAAAAGCCACCAACAGGUGCACACGAAGGAGAAGAAACACUUCUGUGAGAUUUGCGGAAAGAAUUUCUCUCGAAAAGACACACUGAAUGUCCAUAGGCGAACUCACUCAGGCGAGAGACCGUACAAAUGUCUCUACUGCGAUGAUACAUUCACAAAAUCCUCCAUCCGGAAUGUGCACAUGAAGCUCCACACUGGAGAGAGACCCUUUGGCUGUCCCGUGGACAAUUGUGCGAAGAGAUUUGUGUCCAAGAGCACCAUGAUGACCCACAUCAAGCGGCACUGCCGACAGAAAUGACAC